AUGCGCUGUGUGAUGCCGACCCCAUUGCACACCGAUAUGCCGUUUGUCUCGACGUCGGUGGUAACGUCGCAUUAAGCUUGGAAACUUUUUGACUUGUGGUUGUGAUGGAACGUAAGUACUUACUUUUUUUUAUUGAACACUACAGUUUCUUUAUCGUGAACUACACGAAUUCAAAUUCUAACUUAGCGAUUUCUAUCCCUCCGACGAGAUCUGUCCUCGAAGUUUUGACAGUGGAGAAACGAUACAGACAAAAACGGAGAAUCCGACAGCGUACGCGCUCUUUUUCGAUGCAAAGAAAUGCAGGGUCUUCUUCACUAGCGACACUACUAUGUACACUCAUUUCGUACCAGUAAACCAUCAUGGGAGAGUGUUAUAUGGGAAGUUAUGGCGCUCGAAGAUGGGUUUAACUUUAAUGUAAGUUUUUCCGACAGAGUGUAGCCGACCUUUCAUCAAUGAAACUACGGGGUGACGCUACUGUGUAGUUGCAAUCGCUCAAAUUGUCGCCCCCACUAUCCUCGUGAUAAAGAACUCACCUUAUCAUGCUUCUCCCCCUCUAAUCAAAUACGCCGGACGUUACUUCCAUGAUGAUGCUGAGCGUGCGCAAUGGCUUGCUGCUGUCCUCAAGUACCGCGUUAUGAGGCCAGAUUCUCCUUGGGCUCACCUUUCCACAGAAGGCAAAGAGUGGCUGGAGGCGCAUGGGGUCGAAGUACCCGACUCGAUUCCGACAAAGCCUGGCAUCGAAUUGAUACAUGAUUAUGGGUGUCGUGAAAGAGCUUUCGAUAAUUUGAAUUUUUUUGUUCUACUCUCACAUAAGUCAUAAGAAGAGUCGUUUCUUGAGUUCUUAGGCCUAUGAGAUUGUUCUACUCUCUCAUAGACAUAGGAAGUCUCAUAGGAAGUCUAACGACAAAGAUUUUAGAAACUCAUGAUCUAGUACUUCUAGUCCGAGUAGUGUCAUUUUCUUUCAGCUUCUACUUCUUCUAAUCUCCGUCUUCAGUGUCUCUGUUUCCUGAAGUGCGUACCCUCUAAUCCUAAGUAAACGCUUCCAACCACGACUGGUCCGAGCAGAUUUUGGAUUGCCCAUAUGAAGCUCUCGUUGGCACAACGAAUGGCAGUGGACAGAGAGCCCGACAGAAGUACCUGCAAGUCGCACUGGCAAGAGGAUUACCUUGGUGUGGUGAUUUCUUUAACGUUGAGCCGCCAUGCAAGAAAAUGCAGGACGUGGAGGCGAGAGUGGUUGGAGGGAGUCUGAAUGAGAAUUCUUCGACUUCCGCUGUGCUUUCUUGAUCCACCAAUAUUUAGGCUUCAUUUUCGUUUGUUGUACAAGUACAACAAUCCCUCCACUAAGCGGGAUGAACACAUUGUCUAGGUUUGACAAACUUCUACAUUGAUUUUGAUUCCAUUGCAGAUGGACCGCUACUGACUGCUUGAGAAUAUCACUGUGAUUAGGUACACAUAUCACCAUAGAUUCUAUGACAUAUUAGAGCCGCCGAGCAAAUAGAGAUCCUUCAAUCUUCUUUAACGAGCGCAUUUUUACUACGUAGUUGUUUCUAUACCUCAUUUCUCGUGCUAGAUUAUGAUUGGAUGGUCAGUCUUGCAAAACUGGAACUACCAAUUAUCUUAGAGAAUGCAGGGUCACAACAAGGAAGAAACACUUGACCCUUACCAUGACCAUAGAAGUUAGAUAGACAAACUCAAACUAUGGUAUGCGUGCUGGUGCUCUCUCUUCAUACAACAGGGACAAAAAAGGGUCAAAUUGCUGCACAACAUCAACAUGUAGACUCUGGCUCUCAAUAAACUCUUCUCGUCCUCUCACAUAAUGCAAACGUGGCGACAUUUUCUUUUUGCAAAUAUAGGACGAUGGCGCUUUUUCUAGUAAGAAAGAGUAAGGACGAAAGAUAUUUAGAAGAGUAAGGACGAAAGUAUUUGAGAGUUUCUUUAACUUCAAUUCCCGGAGAAGCAAAGAAAAAUUGAAGUUAAAGCUACUCUCUACUUCGCUGCAUUUUACAAGCACCCAAAAACGGUGAAUGAAAAAAGCCUGAUCGUCGAAAAAUUUUUAUCCUACAGCAGUUGUACCAGACCGGUGUUGAGGAA